AUGACCACCACAAAAGGAUUUAUAAUAUCAGACAUAACGGGAAGAUAUAAUUUACUCCUUAAAGACAGUGAUUACACCACUAUUAAAAACAGUAAGACAUUUGAAGAUAUCACAAUAAGAUUAAAUCACUACUUUCCCUUCAUCACUGAAAACAUAACAAUGUCAGAACUUAAACAAAUCUUUAUAAUAAAUCUUAAAAGAGAAAUUAAUGAAUUCUCAAAAUACAAUCUCACAAUUUUAAAUUACUUUACAGAUUAUUAUAAAAUAAUAAGUUUGUUUAAUAAAAUAAACAAAAUUAAAAUUAAUGAAUUAGGUGAGUUUCCUGAACUAAAAGCAAUAGAAUUAUGCAAUAAUUUUAAAGAGAUAAAAGCAGUUUGUAUAAAUAACUCAUCUCUUCAGAAAUACUUUGUUGAUCUUGAUGGAAAUGAAACAAAUAUGUUUUUAGAGGUGAUGAAGAAUUUGAUGAAUAAUUACUAUGAAAGUUCUGAAGGUUAUUUUAAGGAAAUUUUAGAAGUAGAAGGUGAUAGGCAAAUAUUAGAAAUAGCCUUGUCUAAUCUACAAGACAAGUCUAAAUACUUUCCUAAUUGUACAACUCUAAACAAACUACAAUUAACAGAAUUAAGUAAAAAUUUAUCUAAAGAAGAAGUUGUUCAAAUAUUCAACCUGUCAAAUGAUAAUUUUAUGAAUGAAAUUCUCACUAAAAUAGUAAAUGUUUAUAAAAAUUCAUUUAAUCAAUUUGAUGAUCUAUCUUGCAUAUAUGCUUAUUUUAAGUUGAAAGAAAUCCAAAUAGGGAAUAUAAUUUGGAUAAUCCAAUGCAAGAAUAACAACAUGGAAGAUAAACAAAAUGAAAUAAUCAAAAUAAACUAA